AAGCACAUCAAACCUAAUAAUUUUGCCACCAUCAUGCAUAUAGCUGGACUAAAAAGGAUUUGCAAACUUUAACAGUGAGGAAAGAAGGACCAACCUAAUAUACUGAAUAUUUUCCAUCCAAGAAAGACAAAUAAUCUGUGUUCAGACAUGGCCAGCCCUCAGACAAGUUUGAAAACCCCUUUCAAAGACCUGACAUCAUUCAAAGGCAACAUGAAGCGGCUGUACAUGGAGCGACUGGAGGAUGCACCUAUUAAAAAGCGGGUAAUGGCGGAGAUGCACCUGAAACGGCGCAGCCUGGAGAGCAUCCCCAAACCCCCGAAGGUUAAGAAGGAGCGUGAGGAACACGCCAGAUCAGAAAUGGACAUUGAGGGAAGAGAAUUUCACUUGGUCGGGGCUUCCAAGGCUUUAGAUCUCAGCGCCGGCCUCAAGCACACUCUGGCACAGUUCACACUGAGCAGCCAGAGCUCCCUGGGAGGUCCUGCUGCCUUCUCAGCAAAAUCUGUGCAGGAGUGCGCCUCUCCUGCUGGCAUGGCUCCCCUGCCGUCUCCCCCAGUCCUCGGAGGCGGCCCGCUCUUGGUUCCCUGUGACAGCUCCACAGAGCUCACCCAUUCUCUGCUCGAAGGAGAGUCCAUCUCCUGCUUUGUUGUAGGUGGCGAGAAGCGCCUUUGUCUGCCCCAGGUACUCAAUUCGGUUCUGCGAGAUUUCUCUCUUCAGCAGAUCAACGCUGUCUGUGACGAACUGUACGUUUACUGUUCCCGAUGCGAUGCUGAGCAGCUGCACAUCCUCAAGGUACUGGGCAUCCUGCCUUUCAACGCACCUUCCUGUGGCCUGAUCACACUAACUGAUGCCCAGCGCCUCUGCAAUGCCCUGCUCCGCCCAGGUGCCGCCCUCCCGGCCAACCCCAACAGCAAACUGCCAGGCCAAGGCCUGCUGAAGGAGAGCGAGGCUAAUUUCCAGGUUGAGCACCAGUGUCUUGGCAAGUGCCAAGGCCUGUUCGUGCCCCAAUUCUAUGUCCAACCAGACGCUCCUUGUAUUCAGUGCAUGGAAUGCCAGCUGCUGUUUUCCCCACAGAACUUUGUAAUGCACUCGCACAAGUCCCCCGACAAGAGGACCUGCCACUGGGGCUUCGAUUCAGCCAAGUGGCCCUGCUACUUACAGCUGGGCCGCAAGCACGAGGACACACCAGAGGAGCCGCAACUCAAACAGCUGCUGGACGAGAUGAAGGAGAAGUUUCACUAUCAGCUGAAGAGGCCUCUGGACGAAAAGGUGGUGGAUGACAACUGUCAAGGGAAGAAGUCCAGUCCUGCACCCUGCCCACCUAACAGCAAGCUGUCUGAUGGCAUCCUGGAGAAAAAGCUGCCUUCUAAGGGCAACAUGCAGUCUUCGAUGACAUUCAGUAGACUGUUUCCCGACAUUAAAGAAGAACCGGAACACAGCCCUAUCGUCCACCCUAGUUACUACCUGUACACGUACGAUAAGAUGGUGGCUCCUAACGUAUCCCUGCGGAAGGAGGGGGAGGUGAGCCAUGAGGUUCUGGGGGCCCUGCUCAAACAGCACUACAGCAGAAGAACACUUGUCCACGACAACCAGCCCACCACAGAUCUUCCCGGAUCUCAUUCCUCCAUUGCAGAGGAGGCCAAAUCCCACCACGCAGGCGAAGCGAACGAGCGCCGCCGACCUUCUCCGUCAGUCACCAUGGAGACUAGCCCGGGCAGGAAGCAGCACGCCCCCAUUCCCAUGGAGGGCAAAGACAGUGGAGCUGAGGAUGACAAGGACAGGAUCAUGCUAGAGAUUGUGCAGAUGUACCGGCUGCAGCAAGAAAAGCUGAAUUCCACGCUUCAGAAACAGCUGCAGCUGGAGAUGGAGCUGGAGGCAGUGCGCGGGGGCGAGGCAGCCAGGCUGAGGGAGUUGUCUGCGGAGCAGCUGGAGCUGCAGAACGAGCUGGAGGCGGUGCACACUGAGCAUGCUCAGAGACUGGGGGAGGUGCGGCAGGAGCAGAGACAGCUGGAACACCGACUGGAGCAGCUCAGACAGCAGAGCUGCGCCUGUCAACCCAAAGAGCAGGAGGCACAGUACAACGCACAGUUGUGUGAGCUUCGCUGCCGUUUGGAGCGUGCCGAGGCGGAGCGGCAGGAACUGCAGGAGGAGCUCUGCAGAGAGCGGGAGUCCAGAGAGAAGCUGGAGCUCAUGAUCUCGCAGCUUCAGCUGCAGACGGCCCAGUCUGGCACAAAGGGGAGCCGCAGUAGUAGCCCUGCCCAUCCCCCGACCCCCUCCGCAAGCCCCCAAUCCCAGCAUUCCCUCUCUUCACCGUGCCCUGAGGUAUCCUCCAGAUAAACUCCUCCUCGCACACUUCCAUGCCUGCAGCCCAGGAACACGCUCGCCCACUCCUUGCAGAGUCACAGGCAAACCCUCUGCAGAAAAGAGACGCUCUCCCAUCCCCUUUUUGUAACACCACCACAAAAAAAACCGUAAGGUUUGUGUUUAAUGUAGAAAGACUUUUCGUGUCACCCUGUCCUCGACCAGUCGUUAAGCAUUUUUUUGGAUGUACAUGUUUAAUUUAUAGUCGUGCUGAGAGGCUGAUGGGACAGGAGAGUUAUUUCUUUGUAGGACGCUUGAAUCCUGUUGCAUUGGGAUAGUGCUCGAGUGCUUUUCCGCUCCCAGCCCUUUGGUUACAGGAAACUGACACUCACUAAAAUACAACGGAGCCCCAGGAUGCCAAACAGCAAGACGCCAUUGCCCUGCGGCGGCAAGAAACCAUGUGGCUGUUUACUUUUUUAUUUUAAUUUUGUGUCGUUGUUUCCUACAGAAAAAAUGGGAGAAAGUUAUAAAAACAUUAUACUUAAUUCCCUCGGAUCAUAAUCCUCUUCCUCCAUUUUCUUUCCCUGCCUGUCGUUUGUCUGUUCAGUCUGGUGCUGAUUAUAUGUUUCCUGUCUGCACUGCUGAUCCUCUGCAGGCUGGUAUAUGACAAACAGCUUCGUUCAUUCCUGCAUGAUGCAGUAAGCAAAGACUCACAUUCGCCCCCUGCUGGAGAACACUAUGAAACUCGGCCCCCAUUUAACUACAGGGAAAGGUUCAUCUCACUCUUUAAUUUAUGUUCAGAGGGUUAUCUAAGCAGCGAAAGAGUACCAGUAGCACCAAUAAGACCUUAGUGGUUUCAGUUUCUCAGAAAUUGCAAGAUCAACAUCCUAUUUUCAAACAAAGCACAUUGGAGACCUUACAUUUGUAAGUUUUGUAAGGAUCCAUUAGUAGUGAAAUUAAAGAUGUUAACUAAGUAUUGAAGUAUGUCACAGCCUUCUAUAAACCAGAGCUGAUUUUUUUUUUUAUCUAUUAGAAAACUGCUGAUAAAAUACCUAUAAUUUUUGGAUGUUUAGCUGAAAAUGUUUUCAUAUACCUCCUUGAUCAUUCCUCCAUUAUUCUGGAUGACUGAACAAACAGGUCUGACCGAGAGAAGAACAGACAGGGGGCCAAGGGAGGGACUUAAAGGAAUUAAUGCUGCCGUGUUAGCUCCCAGUCACUGAGGGAUGACGAGGCACGCUUUGUUUCCACAGAAUCUCUGAUGCCCUCUCAUACAUUAUUACACAACUGUUAGAUGAAUGAAGAAAGAUGGACACAGGAAGUGAAGCAUUCUUGCCACUAGAGCAGUUUUUCUUUCUUAUAGGAUGUAAAUCUAGGCUGCUUUCAUGAUGUACAUACCUCAUAUAGAACAUUCCACUGUGCACAACUCAUCAGAUUCAAAGUCAGCCAAGUCACAGCAGUUUUCUAAACCUGAUAAAGUGUACAGUGCAAAACCUCUUGGAUGCAAAAGAGGAAAAUGUAAAGAAACACCCUGACUUAUGUGAAUACAUCUAGCUAUGAAGAAUCAUAAAACAAAACAAUAUAUUGUUAAAGAGUGCUUUGCCAUUUUUUUUUCUUGAAAUUAUUCAGAAAUUAAUGUAUAAACUAAUAAAGAUUUAUAUAUACUUUGUAAAUAUGGUAGUCAUUAAUAUAUUAACUAAAUUCUUAUAAAUAAUCUUUCAAGGUUACUGAUCACAUUUAAAAAAGCUGGGCAUAGCCCAAGCUCUGUUUUUUUCUCUCUCUUUUUUUUUUUCUUCUUCUCUCUAAUUUAAAUUUGAAGAGUAGUUGUUAACAAAGUGUGUAAGGAUUUGUAGGGAUGCAUGAUGCUAGGACGAGAACGUGCCUCAGUGUUUUCCCUUCAGUGGCUCAUCUCAUACAUUUCAUUGGAGCCCACUGAGAUUGACAACCUGUUGUUAUUUUGGUGGUGUUCACUGUUCAGAUUUUCCUCUGCCCCAUUUAUAUAUAUAUAUAUAUAUAUAUAUAUAUAUAUAUAUAUAUAUAUAUAUAUAUAUAUAUAUAUAUAAUUAAGAAUUCAAAUCCUUAGAAAGGAUGUAUUGUUCGCUACUAUAUUGUAAUGCUAAAACACAGAUUAUUGCUAAAAUACAGAAGUGUUUUUUUUCUGUUCUCUCACAAACAUACAAGCUUUCCAACAAAUGUUCCUCAAUGUUGUCUGAGAAGAGUAGUCUUUAUGUAAAUGGGCACAAAAUGUGCUCAAGAGCCUAAUGUAGAUGCUAGAAACUUUUGAAAUGAGAGACUGUGUGUCAGUGACAAAUGAGACAUGCUUACUGAAAAGAGCUUCUUUGUUUUUGUUUUUUGUAAUACAAAUCUAAACAUACAACGCUGAUUUCAUGUGUAGUUCUUUUGAGAGAUUGUAGCAUUUGUUUUGGCACUGUAAUGCAUUACUACAGUGUCGACUACAAUUUUCAAAUUUCAAUCAGUAUUAGGUUUUCACCACAGUACCUCUGUAGCAGCUGGUUUCAAUGCUGUUUUUGAUAGUUUUGGGUAUUAAAAUUGUAUUUCUGAAGCUUUCUAGAGUAUACCUUUUCAUUUGUAAUGAUUCUAUGAAACGUGUAAAUUGCAUUUUGUACACGGGGGGGGCGCUGUAAAUCUUCUAUGUAGAAUGCCAUGUUAAAUUUGAAUUAUGAGGAUAGGAAUACUGUACUCUUUUAGACUCUUAAAAUCAACAAACCUAUUUUGGCUUUUGCAGGGUUAAGAAAAUGAAUACAGAUAACGUUGUACAUAUACGAGAGAUGUGAAAUAUAUUGAAUAUCUGAUAAGUAUAGACCUGGUAUAAUAGGAUGAUCAAAACUGUACCUUAAAGCAAUCUAAUGCUAAAGUUUUUCAGCAAACCUACCAUGUAUUUUGCAUUAUAGGGGAAAUAUCCCAUUUUACAGGGGAUAGUGAAUACAGUGGCUCCCUUGAGCUGAUUAAUGGCAAAGGAAAAAAGAUAAUUACAAUUAUAUAAACAAAUUUUUUUUAUAAAGGUAAAAUUACACAUAGUAUACAAAUAACUACCUUCCAGCACAGCAUGUGUCCCUGUGAUCUUGAUCACACCUUUUCUAAUGUAUAACUGAGAAAUUACUUCUAAAAAAUUUAUAAGAAUUAAAAAAAUUAAUCAAAUAUGAUGCUUUUUUUUUGAGAACACACUUACCACUGUAAUAGAAACAUAAUUGACUUUCGUUAACAGCAAAGAUAUUUUAAGUUGCGAUUCUGAGAUAUGAAAUGCAGUGUUUGUGUGUAUCAUUGCAUAAUAUGUUGCCAAUCCUACAGUGUGAUGAGAGGUUUUUUGCUCUUGCAUGAAAAUGAGACUUUGCUCUCCUACCUCAUGUUGUGAUAAGAUGUUUUCUAAAGCAGAUGACAGAUCUCAAACGGUUUAUCACGAUUGAAAUUUACGAGUUAAAUACAUGUACAUGCUUUUAGCUAAUACCUCAGUUGUAUCUAGUGUUUUAUUGUUUAUUUCCCCUAUUUCAGACAUUGUAAAUAUAUCUUGUAUAGACAAUGAACUUGGAUUCAAUUCAAGUAAAGUUCUGUAGUGUCAA